CAUCGUCCACGUUAAAACGUGUGGUUCGAUUUUAAUCGAGACUUUUCAAUCGAUAAUAUAAUCCCAUUGGAACGGGUUGCAAUAAGAAACGAAGAAUAAGAAGAAACCGAUAAAAUUACGAUAAUUGCACUGACGUGUUACAUAAUUGGAGAUUAUAAAAAAGUUAUCGAAAUAUGAAGUAACGUGGCGGACGAGGUUAUUGACUAUGGUCGUGGAUCGAGUUUCGUAUUUGUAUUGACUAGUAUUAAUAGCGUAUAUCUCGUAGCGGGAUUAACAGGUUCCGAGUUUUAUUAUAUUCGAAAUAUACGGUAAAACGCAGACAUAAUAACGCUAACGUCGAAAAAUUAAUUUAGGAAGAUAAUAUUAUCUUCGGGUCGAAUAGAUGAAAUGGAAGAACAUGGCGCGUCUUGUUGGUCAAAAUGGAUUAGUCCGUUCAGUACACACACGAUAAGUGAUUGCGCUCGUAUAUCAUUCGGUGAAAAGAAACCGUAGCCGCUUCCGGCUUCUUGUGCAAUGUCGGGAACAAGAAAACGUUAUGAAUGUACUAAUGAGAUGAAUCUCGCAAUUAUUAUCGUAUAUAGCGAUACAAUUCAUAAAGUUGCCAAAUAGUAAACGCUUGUUUUCUUUCUUUCGUGCCUUAUCAUCCAUCGUUUUUCCAACAAUUAUUCCAAAUGUGAUCCUAAUUAUAGAUUAAAGCGGUCGGAUUUUUCAACUCUGUUACAUUGGUAACAAGGUGGAACCGGAGCUCCUGUUUAUUUAUAUGAUCCACUUAAGAAUAAUUUAUAAAUUUCAAACAGCUUCGUUCCUUCCUACUUCGAUUGUAUACAAUGCGCGAUCAGAUUUACACGCAGACACGCUCACUAUUUUUACGAGUACAAUUUAUCUCGGUUUAUCUUUAUCUUCGUUCUCUGUUUCUUGAUUUCGUUCGAAAUUUACUCAAGCGUAGAAAUUUACUCAAGGCGAAACUUCAUUUUCAUCCCGUAACCAUAAUCGUAACCUUUGCGUAUAUUCGUAUCGUGAAUGAAAGCUCGUUCCUUUCACGCGAGGCAGUGACCUUUCCCGAUGCGGAGAAUCGUCUCCGUAGGAAGCGUAAAACAUGGCUGCUGUUUAAUCCGUGGGUCAGGAUGGAUCCAACGUGUACGGCGAUUCUACUGGGUCAGAUUCACGCUUGACCUGGGCUGAACGGAUACUUGUAACCAUGUAUCAAGCGGCAAGAACAUCGCCUCCUUCCGGAUGCUUGCGCAAUGUAGGGAACAAGGAAGCGGAGAAAGAAAUGAUAAUUAUUACGUAGGUAGCGGCGAAUCGUGGUCGAGCGAGAAAAUCAUUCGAGCCGAAAUUAAAUCGAAGCUUUUGCUUUCGAAUAAUCGGGUGUGUGUAUAGCCUCUACGUGUUAAGAUGAUGGAGGAAUGGAAAAGGGGGGAGGCGGGGAGAAGGGGUCAUCGUUGUUUUGCAACGUUCCCAGAUGGGAUCGAUAGCCUUUCACGUCGAUCGCUUCGCGCCACGAUCGAUUAUAAAUGUUUCGCCGUGGUUCAUUUGUGGAGUCUACGCGAGUUUCUUCUCCACGAUUUACCUUGAACGUUUUCAAAAUUAUCACGUGAUGAAUAUCGUGAAUAAGAAUCCAAAGAUUACAAGGUUUUAUACCGGAAGCAUAGUGAAUCGGCACCAUAAAAAGAUAUUGUUCGAAAAUUAUAGUGAAACGGGGAAAGGUUUAGCUGAAUGGGCGUUCCUGGCGAGCUUACGUAAAAUGAAGAUACGAUUCCGCUUGAAGAGCGUAUGUGCAAAAAAGGAUACGUAAACCGUACUAUAUAAUAUCUAUAAUACCCGUGUGAUCGUGGUUUGGCGCAGCAUAUAUGUAUGUAGACAGCAUAUGGGGAGAUCGUGGUUGAGAAUUACGUAAGCUUCCAUGAGAGAAAGAGCUGUCCGCUAGAAAGCAUGUCAAUGCAGCGAUCAAACUGUUUUUAUAUAGUUUUCUAAUAUCUUGUCUUGUUCCGUGUAAUUCAUUUUCCGUCACGCUUCGAUUCACGAAGUCGGAAUAAAAUGUGAUUUUCGUUCGAUAAAAUGUCGAUACGGGAUAUAAAAUUAUUCGAAAAAACCGAUCGAAAAUAUAAAUUUUCCACCUUUGUUGUUCGACCUAGAUUUUCUUUUUACCAGAAUGUAAGGAAGAAAAGAGAACGCGGUGAAUGUGUUGCCCUUCGCCGAAGGCAGCGAAUUAAACAGAGUUAAAAAGUUGACGGAGCAGGAUCACCGUUAAGUGGAACAACAACAAGGUGUCGCCCAGUAAAUCGCUUUGCCGACUAACCUAUAAAUUUCGCAUACAUUUAUUCGAAUUUUCAUAAACGAACGGUAUCACUUUGUCGUUAUCGACUUAUGCGCGAUGAAGAUAUUAAUAAUUCCAAUAUCCAAGUAUGUUAAACUUUCGUGAAGAUAUUAAAUAAACUUUACUUGAUACUCUUUAAUAGAUACGUGAAUCACGUCAUGACUUUUUUAAUAUUUUUACAUUUUUUUUUUUUUUAUUAUAACUAACGAGGAUUGAUUAUUAUUCAAAAAUACGUAAAUGUACUAUCGAAAGACGUAAAUAAAGUAAUUAGAGAAGACUAUUAUUCAAAAAAGAGACGGGUAAUUUUCAUAUUUUAAAAAAAAACUUUUCACGUCAAUUCUUUUAACCUCCGUAAAAUUCUAAAUAGAUCUAGAAAAAGAUAGAUAAAAAGAAAUAAGAAAGAAAAAAAUUAGUAAGUUAAUUGUUUUACGUUGAAACUAUAUAACCCAGUAUUAAGAAAUAUAAAGAUAAUUAAUGUAUAAUUAAAACAUUAGACAUAAAUUUAAUCGUAUCGAAUGUUCGAUCUCCGAUAUCUUUCCUCGAACGUCGAAGUUCAAGUUGAGAAGAAUACAGUAGCAAGAGAUCGAAUAACGCUCGAAUAACGUAGUGAUUGAAGAUGGUAUCGCUGGAGAGAGGUGAUAAAACACGUUUUCCCAAUAAGUACCGACAGAUGCAAUUACGGUUAUCUACAGUUAAGGUCAGAGAAAAAAGGAGUUCGGGUCUCGACGGUCUAGUUUGCUUUGUUGGAUCGAAUGCACGAAUGUAUCUCUGAACUCGUUCGCUUAGAAAGACUUAUCUGGUAUAUACGGCAUUAAUGGUCGAGCCUACGCCCAUCUUAGACGGUAUUAUAUACCGUUAUAUUAUUUAUAACGAGGAAACAUAUUUUGCCUACGCUUAUGCGCCUUCCUCUAUAGCUACAUUUUUCACGCUUCCUUCGUUUGCUAUAACGAUACGAUCAUGUUUUCAUUUGAGUGUUAAUUAGAGCUGGGAUUCAGUUGAUUCGAAAUUAUUAUAACGCAAAAUAAAUGGUUGUACCGAUUAAUUUAUCAAGUUGUAACUCGUUAAAUAUUUUUGAAUGCUCCCGCCGCUUAAUUGUAGAAAUUCAUUUUAUCGACAUCCAUCAAAAUGCUUUUUUGUUGUAUAUGCUUCAUUUUAUACAUAAGUUUCCGAUCAAUUUUCUUAUUAUUCUUAUUUUACAAUUAAAAAACAAAAUUAAACAUGGGUUAAGAUCUUCUGUUCUUUUAUCAAAGAUAUCUUUAUGUUAUGUUUUUCUAUUUCUAUAAUUAUAUAGAUCGUGUUUCCGUUUUCAAUCUUCUAAUUUCUUCAUCUUGUGCGUUCAGUUUUAUUAUUUAUUUUUUAUUGUAAUCGUUAUGAUUGAACUUGUUUAUUAUACCAAUUAGUGUUUGCAUCAAAGUUUGCAAUGCACGUAUGCACGAAUAGAAAAAGAAAAUCCGAAACAAACAUCGUAGAUAAUUUUUUACUUUUCAACUUCGUUACUGAUUGGAAUUAAGUUCGAUAGUUCAUAACGUUCGCUGUAAGAUGGCUCUAACCGCGUUCAGAGAGCUGUAUGUGUUGGGCUUUUCAGCUGAUGGUUUGUAUGUGGUCAAGAUGGCUUCCGCGGAACAAGUCGGUCUGAACAAAACUUGGGAAUUAUCGCUUUACGAACUUCAUCGUACCCCUCAGGAUGCAAUUACUGACAAUACAGAGAUUGCGGUCAGCCCGCGAAGUUUACACAGUGAACUUAUGUGUCCGAUUUGUUUGGAUAUGCUUAAAAAAACUAUGACUACCAAAGAGUGCUUACAUCGGUUCUGUUCCGAUUGUAUCAUCACAGCACUUAGGAGCGGUAAUAAGGAAUGCCCAACAUGCAGAAAAAAAUUGGUCUCUAAAAGAUCUUUAAGACCAGAUCCUAAUUUUGAUCUAUUGAUUUCCAAGAUAUAUCCUAGCCGUGAUGAAUAUGAGGCACAUCAAGAGAGAGUAUUGGCAAAAUUGAACAAGUCACAUUCACAGGCUGCAUUGGUAAAUUCUAUUACAGAGGGAAUCAAAUUACAAAGUCAAAAUCGUUCUCAGAGAUCCAGAAAAAAUGCCAAUGAAUCAGAGAAUGCUAGUAACGCAACAUCUUACAAUAAUUCUCAAAAUGCCAGUGCACCGGCUACACCAAAUGCUACGAAUGCUGCAAAUCAAAGCGAUUCUUCUCAAAGUACCACAGGACCUUUAAAUAAUAGUAGUGGAGGUACAACUUCUAGGAAUUCUACCACACCAUCGCCAAAUCCUGCAAAUCAAAUUCCAAAACCACCAAAACGACAGAAAAGUUUACAAAAUUCUGAAAAUGAUUCGUCUAGUGCAGAAGCUGAAACUGGUGGUGGUGAUUCUAUGGUAGAUACAGAGGGUGAAGGUCCUAGUGAACCUUUAAUGUUAAACGAGAUUGAACUUGUUUUUAAACCACAUCCCACGGAAAUGGCCGGGGAUAAUUCACUUAUAAAAGCGUUGAAAGAAAAUAGUAUUCGAUAUAUAAAAACAACAGCUAACGCGACAGUUGAUCAUCUGAGCAAGUACCUGGCUAUGCGACUAACAUUGGAUCUGGAUACAGAAUUAUCAGAAUCAGACAGGCUACUCAAUUUUUGUAUUUAUAUAGCACCUUCUCCUGGUCAAUUAGUAGUUUUAAGCGGAUCUCAAACUUUAAGACAAGUCAAUGAUAAAUUCUGGCGCGUAAAUCGACCCCUGGAAAUGUAUUAUUCGUGGAAAAAGACCUAGGGAAGGCCUCGGAAAUAUCAGUCUGAUGGGAGCUAGUCGCGUUAAGCUCCAAAAAAUAUAUAAAAAAAUAUAAAAAAAUUUUUAUUAUGUGGAGUACAGAAACGCGCAUUGUUAUAUCAAGAUAGACCGAUAUAUUUUACUGUACUUCAAUAGCCUUGGAUUAUGUUCAAGGAUCGAGAAAGAUAGAAAAGAGGAAGUUCCUCGUACUAGUGGACAGUGGUGCAAUUUUUCUCUUCACGGGAGUGGUUGCUCGUUUGUUUUCUCUGAAGAGGGCAGUAGAAGAACGAAUAGAUUUUUAAUUGAAGCUUUGUACAGCGAUUUAUUCUAAAUGCAACAGAGUUCAAUCUCGGGUACAAACUGCCAUUCACCAGAUUGUAUUGGAUCAUGAAUAGAUCAAGGGAUUUUUGUGUCUACAAACCGUGAACAGCAUAUAAUAUUAUCAAACUAUAUCCUUUUUUCACAGGUGUAAGUUAAUCCGGUGCGCCCAGUUACGAUACUUCAAGUUUAUGGCCUCGAUGGUUAAAUAACUUAUUCAAAAAAAUAAGUCUUCGAUUCCUUGUGGACCAUUCUGUACAGAUUCACAAAAAAAAAAAAAAA